GAACAACAAACAGUUUUGGACUUCAACAAGCUAGCGAGGGGCAACGGUAGACAAAAAGGGGUCCAGCUGAUUUCUCCCGGGGAGAGAGACACGUCUGCUAGACCCGGGCGGUCGGAAUAUCCUACAUAUAAUCUCCUAAUCAUUAUCACUGUUAGUACGUGGACGGUUUGUCCCGGCACGGCUCCCUAGCGCUAACGUUAGCCACAGAAACAUGCUCAUUGCUCGGAGUGUGACGCCUGAUUUUUUUCUCGCCGCCGCUGGUCGAGGCUUGUGAUGUGAGUCGAGUUGCAGCACGACAAGAGGGUGAGACGAGCGGAAUAUUUCUUUUCUGGACACGGAAGAAUGGACUUUGUCGUGGAGAAACAGGCGAGCUCGCUCAAAGAAGCAGACAUGCGACCGCACACGGGCCUGGACGUCAUUGUUGGACAACAACUUUAGCAAGCUAGCGAACGUUAGCUCGCUUUAAUUCAAGCAGAUGAAUCGGUUCGGUGUCGGACUGUAAGCUCACUUUGCUAGCGUAAUGGAGGCACCCUGAGUGACUUAUUCGUUUCAAUUGAUUGUCCUGGUCCUCGUAAAUACUGCUGGCAAUGUGCUGACGACCGGGAGCCUUUCAUCGCUUCCCACCGGGAGCAGUAGGACACAGUUGGCAGAAAUGAUCCAGAGCUGGUUACCUGCCCGGUGAUAGUUGAACAAAGUUCCUUAGUGUGACAUUCAAAGAAUUACUUAAUGAACAUAUAGUUCAUGCAGACAUCACAUGUUUCUAGCAUUGAUAUUUGUGUGAAAUUGCACUUUUAUUAGCUGAUUUUUCAUGCACCGACGUCACCUGUAACCUAGGGUACAAGAAACCAGUGAGAAUAUCAGUCUAACUUUUUCAUUGCACUUAAAUUUAAUUUGAUUACUGAAGGUCCAAGAUACAGGUUCGUUUGCAUAUAUUGUAAAAGCAGCAGGCAGACAGGCUUAUCCAUGUCAGUUGGUUCCUAGUCACUGUUUAACCCAGCUGUGUGGCACAAUUUAAGACUGAGUUUCACUGGAAAUGAAAACAUGAAUAUCGAAGAGCCGUGUCUCGAUUUGUGCAAUGUCAAGACAAAAAGCAAUGUGGACGAUGAUCACAACAGCACCAACAACACAGAAGGGGUCACCCCCCGGAUCUCUGAACUGAUGAUGGAUGGUAACACAGAAAAACAAAACAUUGUUCCAACAGAGGCCUCUGAAACCUACCUGAUGCCUCAGCUCACUGACAACCUCCAGGCUGCUGAGGAGGACAACCACCAGCCACAAGACACACUGGAAAUUGAUGAGGUCAAUGGAAAUAGACAGAGCAGUGCCCAAAACACACCUGCCACAGUGAACCCCACUGACUUGAUCUUUUCUAAUGAUGACCAGCACAAGGGUAAUGUCGGGGAGGAAAAAAUGAAGGAAGAAAAGGACAGUGAUCCUGCAACGCUUGUUGUGGAAGAAGGGGAAGAUGGUGGGGACAUGGACAUAGGUGUGGAUCUGAGUCUUGAUGAGAGUGGGGUGUUAGAGGCUGAAUCUGCAAAUGUUAGAUCAUUCUCAGAUAACACUUUAGACUCCGAGUCCACUCCUCAGGAUGUCCCAGCUGGCAGCAUGACUGAAAGCCAGUCAGAUGCAAACCAGAUGUGCGGCACAGAAGCUUUUGUCACAGACCAAGCUGGACUGUAUCCCUCGGUGCAGGAGGGGGAUGAUAAACACAAACCAAGUGGCAAAAGAGUGACAUUUCCCUCAGAUGAGGAUAUUGUCUCUGGAGCAGUGGAGCCAAAGGACCCCUGGAGACAUGCUCAGAAUGUGACUGUGGAGGAGAUCCUCUCUUCCUACAAGCAAGCCUGUCAGAAACUCAACUGCAAACCUAUACCCAAAGUGCUCAAACAGAUACAGGAACUGAAAGACCUGACACAGCGAAAUGAAUGCUUGGAUCUAAAAGGUGAGAAGCUGGACUACAAAGCAUGCGAGUCUCUGGAGGAGAUUUUGAAAAGGGUCCAGUUUAAAGUGAUAGACCUGGAGCAGACCAACCUGGAUGAAGAUGGUGCAUCAGCCCUCUUUGACAUGAUCGAGUACUAUGAGUCAGCAACACAUCUCAACAUCUCCUUCAACAAGCACAUCGGCACACGAGGAUGGCAGGCUGCUGCUCACAUGAUGAGAAAGACGAGCUCUCUGCAGUAUCUUGAUGCCCGUAACACUCCUCUGCUGGACCACUCGGCUCCUUUUGUAGCGCGAGCGCUCAGGAUCAGUGGCAGCCUGGCAGUCCUCCACCUGGAAAACGCUGGCCUGUCUGGCAGACCGCUCAUGUUACUGGCUACGGCUCUGAAGAUGAAUAUGAACCUACGCGAGUUGUACCUGGCAGACAACAAGCUCAAUGGCCUGCAAGACUCAGCCCAACUUGGCAACUUGCUCAAGUUCAACUACAACAUUCAGAUCCUGGACCUACGCAACAACCACAUCCUAGACUCUGGUCUGGCCUACGUGUGUGAAGGACUAAAAGAGCAGAGGAAAGGCCUCGUCACUUUGGUGCUAUGGAACAACCAGCUCACACACAACGGCAUGGGCUACCUCGCUGCUGCACUGCCAUGCACUCAGAGUCUGGAGACUCUGAACCUCGGCCAUAAUUCAGUCGGAAACGAAGGCGUCCACAAGCUGAAAGACGGACUGAUUGCCAACCGCUCAGUGCUCAGACUGGGUCUUGCUUCCACCAAGCUGUCAUGCGAAGGAGCUGUUGCUGUGGCUGAAUUUAUCGCAGAAAGCUCCAGGCUUCUGCGUCUGGACCUCCGAGAGAACGAGAUCAAGACAGGUGGCCUGAUGGCCCUGUCGCUCGCCCUGAAGGUCAACACCUCUCUGCUGCGCCUCGACCUCGACCGGGAACCCAAGAAAGAAACUGUGAAGAGCUUCAUUGAGACACAGCGCGCCCUGCUGGCUGAGAUCCAGAAUGGCUGCAAAAGAAAUUUCAUCCUGGCCAAGGAAAAGGAGGAAACCGAGCAGAAGAUGAGACAGUCAGCCUCCAUGGCUGAAAUCGCCACAGAGGACGGGACCAGGGAAGAAGAAGAAGAGGAGCAAGAAGCAACAUCAGAGGAAAGAGUGGAUAAAGAGGGAGGUGAAGGAGGUGAAACAACAGGAGAAGGAGGACAGGCAAGCAGCCAGUCGGGAGCGAGUUCAGAGACAAGUGUUCCUCAGGUCCUGGAGUCAGACUCCGACACUGAAGAUGAGGAGGAAACUGAAGUGGUAACAAAGUCUUCUUCCACUUCAAACCCCUCCACUCUUUCAAAUCAGACCGCCCCUCAAACCCAGGCAAGUGUUGCACAGUCGGCCCUCAGUGUCUCAUGUAUGUCCUCACCCCCACCUGCCUCACCUGCUGCAGGAACAAGUGUCAUUUCAGGCAUCACUGUCACAGAAUCUCCAGUUCCUCCCGGCACCCCUCCAUCUCCCGGACGCUGUAUAUCCGUCUCAAGCCCGGGUAGAGGUCACAAGAUUUUCAUGGUAACCCGAGUGGAGAGUCCACCUGAGCAGCAGCUGCUAAAGCUCCAGACGAGUGCACCUGCAGCUGGCCGUCAGACUAAAGAAGCCUCAAAGAAGCCUGUAGACGUGAACCCACCGGUGACUCAGCAGACACAGCCUCCGCCCACAUCUCAAACACCUUCUGAAACACAACAGACACAAGAGGACGUGAAGGAGAGUUCACCUGUUCUGUCAAUAGACUGUAAAAUGACAGAUCAGAGUCCUGUAGCGCCUGUAGAGUCCACACUAAAUACUGCACAGACCCACAAACUAGAGACACAGUCUAAACCUCAACCCACAGAGGAUGUGACAGCCAGAUCUUUAGACCCAGAUGUGAAAGAUCCAAGUUUACAAGCACCUGCCCUCCCUUCAAAUUCCUCACCAGUGCAGGCUGUAGCAUUUCAGGUCACCGAAGGGGUAACAGAGGUCCUUAAAAGCCUCCAGCCAGAGCCUGCUUUAGUAGAAGCAAACAUGGAAGGACAGGAGGAGGGAGGUCAUGUAGAAAACGGUAGACAGGUGAUGCCCCCAGAGUGUAAACAUUCGGAUGAACUGAAUCAACCCCAGAGUAGUUUAGCUACACAGCAGCAACUAUUAACAUCUGCACUUGAACAGCUACAGAAUGACUUAGCGUCUGCGUCAGAGGAGUCACCAAACCAACCAGAGGAGCCACAACAGGAGAAGCAGGAAGCACCAGUCAGCUUAGAAAAUGAAAAACCCAGUUUAACAGAGGAAAAGGAGCCAAGCCAAGAGGAACCAAGGCCAAAGCAGCAAACAGAGGCAGAUGAGCGAGAAGCAGAGCCCGUUGUCAGUGUCCAGACUGAUCAGCAGGUGCCAUCUGUCACUCAGGAUGGAGCACAGGAUUCAAACCCUGGAGCAGAAGAGGCCUCAAAGAGUCUCGACCCAGAGGUAGAGGAGGAGGAGUCUGCUGAUGAGAGCUCUGCAGACGAGGGCGAGUGUUUUGCCGAGCCUCUGGAGGGGGGGGUGGUGAGUUCAGCUCUGCCCAACGGCCUGAAGUCCGAGUUCUCCCUCCACCUUCUCGACGCUGAAAGCCCCAAGCCCGGCAGCUGUGUGAUGGAGCACGUGAGUGUCAGCUGUGGACAGGAGCUGGAGGAGCUGCUGCUAGAAGCCAGUUUGGAGACGGGGAGAGACGCACCAUGAGGGACUUUGAGGACAGGUGAAAACAGCACUCGGAUAGUUUGUCAGGCUCUACUACACAGCCGGCUGCCCUACGAUGUUUUUGUUUGACUCAACCACCAACACAACCUUUCCAUAAAGGACAGAAGAUCCAGUGUUACAGUCGAGGCUCUAUACGUGAAAACUCAAGCUAAUUAUGGAAGAGGCAGGAAGGACAGAAUCAACCUGUGGAGCUCGACUGAGACAAAUACGGAAUCCUCUACAUCCACACUACAUCAGCCACUGAAACACACAUGCAUAUGCACAUUGAAAAUGGGGGGAAGAGAGAAAUAAAAUCACCCUGUUGUCACUACAUUUUUGUCAAUCUGCAAUCGUUACACUCAAACUGCCUGUGAGAGAGAAGAGAGACGGAGCGAGGAUGAAACACUAACCAAAGACAGAACACAGACCUUUUCUCACAGCCCCUACGUGCUCUCUGCUGUAGAUUUCCACCUGGUAGUCGGGGAAAAAUCUAGCAAAUAAAGUUUUUUCCUAACGCACCUCCACAAGGACACCAACGGUGAUGAUGAGAAAUGAACGGUGGUGGACCCUGCUGAGCACACCUGCUGGCUUUAAACUUUUGAGGGGGGCGUAGGUCACUGACAAAAGGCUUUUAUAUCCCAGGAAACUGAAGAUGUUAACGUGUAUGUUUAAAUGUGAACAUUUUACGACUGUGUCGCCCCACUCUCCUCCGUCGUUUCCCCCCCUGGAUACAACCAACUCUAAGGGACCUCUGCCAAAGUGACCUCCCUCCUCUUUGUUUUCUCGUCCUCUGCUCACUUUGGCCCCUCAGGAAUCCCCCAAACCCUCUUUUGGUUCUGAUGUGACGUGGAGCAGCUGCAACCCACUCGCCUCCGCUGUGGCAAAAAUGCUUUUGACACGUCCGCUUUUGGUUGAGUUUCUUACGGUUUAAGGAAAAGUUGUUUUUCCUUGAUUCUCUGCAGCUCGAGACUCCAUUUAUUGUUUUGUUCGACCGGUGAUCGUCAUGUGAACCCGUCUGAAGAACAGCAGCCUGAUCUGUGCCACCAUCUCCCCUCUGUUUCCUCCCAUCCCUCCGUCUUCUGCUGGUACUUUGUGCCACCUCACCUCUCUGCUCCUCAUUCAUGUUGCCUUCAGUCUCACCUCUUCACAGUCACUCUUUAUUUUUCUUUUGCUGCUUUGAGAGUCAGUUAUUUUGUAUUUAUUUUAUAGCUAUAUGAGCCUUCUCUGAUUUAUUUUUCCUCAUUUCAUCUUCACCCCCUCCUCCUUUUAUCUUUUUUUUUGUUUAGGGGUUGCUUUUAAAGUUGACCCUCCUUUUCUGAUGUAUAUUUCAUAUCCAGACUAGAGCAAAUAUUUAGUUUUGUUUUUUUGGGAGGGGGCGGGUAAUCUAUAAUGCUAAAUAUGAUUGAAUGGUUGACAAUUGAUAGCAGUCGGGGUGCAGAAAUGAAAGCAAAUGCAAGGAAAGCAGCAAACAUAAGAGUCCUCGUCGAUACUCCUUGUUUUUAAGCUACUCUGCUGGGUGACGCUGUGGCCACAAGGGGGCGCUGCUGUUUUCCUACAGACCUAACGGAGAUCAGUCUGAACAACAUCCUGUUUUGAUAAAUCCAACCUAAAUUUUCAAAGCAAGACAGUAAGACUUUUACAUGAAAUGUCAGCUUCAUGUGUGUCUGAAGAGAGCUGCUUUUCCCUGCUUUGGUUUUUUUUUCUUCCCUGAAGCAGGUUCAGGCAGGUGUGUUUUCUUCUGAACGGAGCAGCGUUCCACCCUCCUGCUCUUCUCCACCCAACAGGUAGUUUGCCCCCACUGUUUGUAACGCUUUAAUUUUUAGAAAUUUUUAAUAAUAUGUUAACUUAAUUGAAAUGUGCUGGUAAUCACAAAGAUAUGUAUGGCGAAAUUUGUUCCUCUCAAAUAAAUGCAUGUAAUGACUAAA